GUUAAAUUUCUUCACAAUAAGCAAUGGCAUUAUUUCUAUAUUUUCUUGCGCUGUAUUAUUUUCUGAUACCAUGCAGUGCAUCUUACGUAGGAUAUUCCUACAACAGGAUGGGUAUGAAGAUCAUUUUCCUGGACAUGGAGUUGGUCAAGGACGCCGAGAGGAAGAUCCAGAGCAUACAGAACUUGAAGAACUUCUACAGAAGUUCGCAUAACAACCAUCUUGGCACUUUAGUGUACGACAUAAGAUUCAAAUUCAAGCGAAUGGUGAGGUUGUAUCGUGUGGCGUUUGACAAAAUGAACAAGGAAGAUCAUAAUGAGCACGUCAUAAGGUUGAUGGAGGUGCGUCAACUAAGCAUGGAGAUCGAUCACCUAGUACAAGCGAUAGUCGAAGGCGAAACAAACUAUGCCAAGCGGAAGCAAGAAAGAAAUCGCAAACUAAAACGCGAAAUGGCAAAAACGUCGGACAAAACUACGACAAAGCAAGAGAACGACUCACUUCGUGUGGGCAGAGCCGCGUGGUAUUUCCAAUCGCCUGAUCCUUGGAACCGACCGCGACCUAGGUAUUUGAGAACUCCGGUGCCGAAGAGAAACAUUCGGAGAUACGAUGACGCCUUACAUGUAGGCACGAAACAUCCCAUUGAUAGCGUGGAAUUGAACUAUUAA